CAAACACGAGGAAGAGGAAAAAAUCAUGAAAAUCGCAGUGGAAGGAUGUGCACACGGAGAAUUGGAGAAGAUCUACGAUACUGUGGCUCAUAUAGAGCAGGAACAAGGUAUCAAAGUGGACUUACUAAUAUGCUGUGGAGACUUUCAGUCAACGAGAAACCUCGAAGAUCUCAAUUGUAUGGCUGUCCCGCCAAAAUAUCGUGACAUUUGCACGUUUUACAAGUACUACAGUGGUGAGAAGAUAGCCCCCAUUCUCACGAUAUUCAUCGGAGGGAAUCAUGAGGCAUCAAACUAUCUGCAGGAAUUGCCGUAUGGGGGCUGGGUAGCCCCGAAUAUCUACUAUUUGGGCUAUGCAGGAGUCAUUUCGGUUGGUGAUGUCCGGAUAGCUGGACUCUCAGGCAUCUAUAAAGGUCAUGACUACCACAAAGGGCACUUUGAAAUAGCCCCCUAUACAGACAGCACCGUCAGGAGUGUCUAUCACAUCAGAAACUUGGAGGUAUUCCGGAUGAAGCAACUCUCUGGCCACCUGGACGUCUGCCUGUCGCACGAUUGGCCCCGUGGGAUCUACAAUCAUGGCAAUGGUGAGCAAUUGAUGCGCUUCAAGCCAUUUUUCCGCGAAGAAAUCGAGCGGAAUACUCUGGGGAAUGAAACCUGCGAGGAUCUAUUGAACUUCCUGAAGCCGGAUUAUUGGUUUGCAGCACAUUUGCACUGCAAAUUUUCAGCUGUGGUUAAGCACGAAGAUGAGAAGGUGACAAAGUUCUUGGCCCUGGACAAGUGCCUUCCAAAAAGGAGAUUUUUGCAGAUCCUCGAUGUUGGCGGGAAAGUCUCUUCCCAGAAAGAUCUCAAACUUAGCUAUGACCUGGAAUGGCUCACAAUUCUGCAUUUAACCAACCAUCUGCUGAACGUGAAGCCAGUGUCAAACUACAUGCCAGGUCCUGGAGGAUCUGAACGCUUCAAUUUUACCCCAACGGAGGAAGAAAAAGCAUCAGUAGCUGAAAGAUUUGGCGGCGUUUUGAGUAUUCCUGAGAAUUUUGUUCCCACUGUGACUCCUUUCAACCCGGAUACCGACCAGAGGGCCUUCAAUCAACCAUCAGCCCAGAUCAAUCCCCAGACAACGCAAUUCUGCGAUACUCUGGGAAUUGAUGAUCCUCUCCGGUUGAUUAUGAUCCUCAAGAAGCAACCUCUAAAUCUCGGCUCUGCCGUGGAGCUGCCAGUUAGGAAUGAUGAGAGCAUCUGUACGGAAGAUGAUGAAGAAGCUGAGGAGGACCAGGAAGACACAGAGCUCCCGGAAGAUGAGGAAAAUGAUACCUUUGUGAGCUUCAACACAACGGACAAUCUCUUGGAAACCUCCACGGAAAAUGUCAGUGUAACUCCACCAGUUAAGAAAUUCCGUGGUCGGAAUCAAGCUCUCUACUCCACUCCUGAGGAAUCCUGAACAAAUUCCAUGCAAUCCUGGCCAUAAAUUGUACAAAAAAAAAUAAAUUUGAAUUUGAGCAAAAA